UUUAGUUAAACGUCAUUCCAAUAUGGCGCUGCCCUGUGAAGACCUCGUGACGAAAACGUUGCAGAACUUUAUCGAGUUAACUGAGAGACCAGAAGUUUUUUUAAGUGUCCAAGAUAAACUUUACAGACAAUUCAGAGAUGCUACGAAGGGAGUUUAUGACCUAUCAAAGUCCUCAGAGUCUAGCUGUAGAACAGCUUCAGAUUCUUCCCUCCCAGAACUCAUUAUCCAGAACUUUGAUGAGGAACAGAUUUGGCAGGAAUUGGAGCUACAGAACAGCUAUACUGUUGAUGGUCUCAUGACCGAGAUUCCUCCACUUACAACUCACAGAGAACACUUGUCCUUCUGCAGGAGAAAGGCAGAAAAACUGAAAGAAAAAUCUCAAAGUGACAGCAAGCCAUCUCUAUCUCAUGAAACAAAAAAUAAAAAGUCUAAAAAGAUCAAUUCAAAGGAUGACUUCCUAGAAGGUGUUAAUGAAGAUGAAAAUGAUAAUAAUGUAUUAAAUGAUAGUGAAGAAGAUGAGAGUGAGGAGGAUUCUGAUACUGAAUUAAAAAGAAUCAAAUCAAGACUCAAGGCUUUAGAAGAUGAUGAUAGUGAUGAGAAUGAUGAUGAAUUAGACUUUGACUUUGGUAACUUAGAGAAUGAAUUAGGUGAUCCGAGUGACCAAGAUGAUCUUGAAGAUGACGAAAGUCAAGAAGCAAAAAUUAAUCAUAAUCACAUUUCUGACGUAAACAACCAAUUGCAAGUGUCAAGUCCGCAAAAACAAAAAUCCAAACGUAAUCGGUCAAAGGGCAGUGUGGUAGAUGACAGAUUCUUCAAACUAGCUGAUAUGGCAACUUUUUUGGAUCAAGAAGAUGCCAGGGAGGAGAAAGAACAGAAGAGGGCACAAUAUCAGAGAGGUGGGGAUGAGGAAUCUGAAUCUGAAUCUGACGAUGAGGAAGAAAUUGAUAUGUUUGAGGCCUUUCCCUCAGAUGAGGAAGAAGCAGAGACAGGUGGUAGAAAAGCUAGAUAUCAGGAUUUCUUUGAUCCACCUGAGGGAGCAGAUGAUACCAACUCAAAAACAAAGAAAAAGGUGCAUUUUACAGAGGAGGAGGAGAAAGACAAUGAUGAUGAAGAAAAGAGUGAUGAUUAUAGUGAUGAUGAUGAUAUUGAGGAAGAUGACGAGGAAGAUGAUGAUGAUGAGGAGGAUGAAGAUGAUGAAGACGACAAUGAAGACGAUGACAAUGCUAGUGAAGAAAAGGAGGUUUUUAAAGAAAGGUCAGGGGGUCACAACCUGCUUGGUAGUAGUGACAGUGAUGAGGGGGAGGCUGUUGAAGAUAUCCUUGGGGGAAAGCAGAAAGACAACAAAUCAUCAUUUGAAAAAAGACAGGAAAAACUCAAACAGAAGAUUGCCCAGAUGGAGGAUGCCAGCCUGGAGCAGAAGUCUUGGCAGCUUAAGGGGGAGAUCACAUCAGCCAGUCGACCUGAGAACAGUUUGUUGGAGGAGCAUCUAGGAUUUGAGCACACUACAAAACUUGCACCUGUGAUCACUCAAGAGACCACAAAGAAUCUGGAGGACAUCAUCAUACAGAGGAUUCGAGAUAAGGCAUAUGAUGAUGUGGAACGGAAGGUUAAACCCAAGGACGAUCCAUUUGAGUACAAAAAGAGGCUAGUUUUGGACCAGGAGAAAAGUAAACAGAGUCUUGGGGAGAUUUAUGAGCAGGAAUACCUCAAACAACAGAAAGAGGAAGAAGAGGAAAAGGCAGAUCCUGAUCAUGAUGAAAUAAAGAAGAUGAUGCAGAAAUUAUUUGUAAAGUUGGAUGCUCUGUCCAACUUCCACUACACACCAAAACCGGCGGCUCCUGAAUUGAGGAUUGUAUCAAAUCUGCCAUCUAUACAAAUGGAGGAAGUGGCUCCGGUCAGUGUUAGUGACCACAAGAUGUUGGCUCCAGAAGAAGUCCAGGAUAAAACUAAGGGAGAGCUGAUGGCCAAGACAGAAAAGUCAGUUACCGAUAGAAAGAGGGAUCGCAGAAAGAAAAAGAAAGAUAAAAAGAUAAAGAAUGUAGAAAGAGAGAAGAGACAAGCUUGGUUAGAAAAGACACGUCCGGAUCUAGGGAAGAAGGCAGGAAAGGAGAAAGCCCUGAGAGGAUUGGAAAAACAGAGCAAGGCUGGUGGAGGGCUAACCAUCCUCAAGGAAAACAAGCAGAAGAAAGGUGGCAAUUUGGCCUCCUCCAAGACAUUCUUCACCCAGCUGCAGGAGGAGGUAACCACACAGAUCCGCAGUAAGGAUUCUCAAAAGCGUAAACAUGGCAAAGAGGACGGCAAAUCUGCCAAGAAAUUCAAAUUGUAACAGAUAGCCUCUGUGACACGGGGGAAAUAAAAAAAAAAUCAGAAAAAAUCA